GUGAUUUUGAAUUUAUCUGGUGCAAAUUUCAAUUGGUUCAAAAGGCAGGUGACAUGAAAGUACCAGUCGCAUUCGCCGGUAAGUGAUCAAACAACCAGUCACCAUCACCAUUCACAAUGAAGAAACGAGCUUCAGUGCAAAGUAACACGAAAUCUGGCAAUACAUAUUCACAAUGGGGAUUCGCGCUUUUAGCGAAUGCCCUAACUAUGUCGUAUGGUCUGGAGUGUGGUUGGAUAUCCCCGAUCACGAAGAUGCUGCAGAGUGACGCGUCACCUACCGGCGGACCAUUGACUAAAAACGAGGUGUCCCUCAUAGCCAGCUCCAUGAGCAUGGCGGCCGUAUUCGCUGUACCUCUUUAUUCGUUUAUAUCGCAGAGAUACGGAAGCAAACUCGGAGUUAUACUUCUGGCUGUUCCACAAACGAUCUCAUGGGCUUUAAGAAUAGUGUACAGCACGAGCACAACACUUCUCAUCGCCCGAAUACUCGCAGGAAUAGCUGCCGGAGGUGUCUUCAAUGUCGUUCCGAUAUACGUAAAAGAAAUCAGCGAAGACAAAGUCAGAGGUGUACUAGGAUCGUUGCUUGUACUGACGCAGAACACAGGGGUAUUCAUCAUGUACAUAAUGGGAGCGUACUUGGACUACUAUGUAGUAUUGUACAUCUCGAUCUGCCUUCCGGUAUUGACUGGACUGCUCAUGCUCAAAUCUCCCGAUUCCCCUGCGUUCCUGGUAAGGGAAGGGAAAAUAGAGGAAGCAGCGGACUCUAUUGCCCUGCUCAGAGGUCUAGACAGAGAUGACAAACUGGUGCAACUUGAACUGCAAACGUUGAGGAAGGAAGACGACAAAUUCAAAUCCAUGCCUGCUAUCACUUUUAAAGCAAUGUUUGCUGACAAAGCAUGGCGUCGUGGAUACAUCUUUAUCGGAGCUAUAUUUACUUUCCACGGGCUGAACGGAGCCUACACCAUCGUGACCUACGCUUCAGCCAUCUUGGCUGCGACUGGAGUGGAAAUGAACAUCAGCCCGGAGCUGCAAACACUCAGCAUUCCUCUCGUGAUGAUCAUCUCGUCGCUUAUACUCACUCUCAUUGUGGAAAUAUGCGGCAGAAAGUGGCUGCUCGUUGGUUCGUUCGUCGUAACUGCUAUAUCCAUGGUAACCCUGGCUGCAGCAAUUUUGAUACUCCGAGCCGGCGGCAGCGUCCCGGGUUGGGUGCCCAUACUCGCGAUGAUUAUGGUUGUCUCUAUGUACUCCAUUGGUGUAUCUCCUUUGCCGUAUAUCUUAUUGACUGAAAUGUUCAGUUUUCAGGUACGAAAUAAAGUAUCAGGUACCAUAGUAUCUUACGCGUGGUUCCUGACCUUCGUCGGCGUGUUCAUAUACGCUCCCAUCACUUCCAUGUUCGGCCAGUACAUGGACUUCCUCCUUCAUGCCGUAGUCAACAUCACAGGAGCGAUAUUCGUGGCCAUCUUCGUGCCGGAGACCAAGGGGAAAAACGAUGAGGAAAUCAGAAGAAUACUAACGGGAACCAGCAAAGAAGACGCGAUGCCUUGGCAGAGGGCAAACAUUAAGCAAGGUGGACAACAUCUGCGAUAUAAGGAUGUUCUCAAAAGACGCUUGAAUGUCUGUGCUAUUGUUGGGAAGGCUUGUUACCAAGCGGACAUAUUGGCGGUCUACGACCAAUACCAGAUUAAAAAGUUUGAGAAAGACCGUCUACAGACGCUUGAAGAAAAGCGCCAACUGCGUAAAGAGAGACCUAAGCCUUCCUACAUUAUACUUACAACUCUGCUGGCCAACUCUACGUUCACUGCGUGCCAUUGGAGCCGGGUGCUACUAGUAGCAUAUCUAGAUAUUGGUGCCACAAUGGAAAAUGGCGAGAACAAAGGACAUGUGUACAGACAAGUGGUUUUCGCGCUCCUAGCAAACUGCUUAAGUUUCACUGGUGGUAUGGAAAGUGGGUGGAUCUCGCCCAUGACCAAAGUGUUGCAAUCUGACACGUCUCCCACUGGAGUAGCUCUGACUGACGAUGAGAUAUCCUGGAUAGCCAGCUCCAUGAGUAUUGCGGCGGUCUUCGGAGUCUCCGUGUAUACGUACAUCGCUGAUAAAUAUGGGAGUAAAAUUGGAGUGAUCAUGGUAGCUGUGCCACAAGCGAUUGCACUGACAUUGAAAGUAGCAUAUUCGUCCAGCAUAGUGAUAUUAGUUGCCAGGAUAAUAUUUGGCAUUUCAUCCGGUGGGAUCUUCAAUGUAAUACCUUUGUAUGUAAAAGAGAUAAGUCAAGACAGUAUGAAGGGAAUACUUGGAUCGUUUCUUAUCUUAAUGUCGAAUAUUGGACUUUUCACUAUGUUCACUAUGGGCGCUUUUCUGGACUACCAUACAGUGCUGUAUUUAGUCGUUGGACUGCCUGUUUUAACUGCUUUCUUAAUGCUCAAAGCUCCUGAUUCUCCUGCUUUUCUUGUAAGGCAAGGAAAAAUAGACGACGCAGCUGACGUUCUAGCUUACCUACGAGGGUUGAAUGUCGACAGCAAAAUGGUCAGGAAUGAAAUUGAUACAAUGAUACACGAAGAAGAACAAUUCAAAGAUUUGCCCAGCAUAAGAAAUAUUUUGAAACUGAAGCCUAUCCGUCGUGCAAUCGUCCUCAUCUUCUGCCUCUUCACAUUUCACGCGUUGAACGGCUCCUUCGCAAUAGUGACACACGCGUCUUCCAUCCUCAAGUCCACCGGAGUUGAGUUUUCCGUCCGACCAGAACUGCAGACCCUGGGAAUCCCCCUCAUUAUGAUAAUCGCUUCUAGUAUCCUUACGUCCAUUGUAGAACGAUGCGGAAGAAAGCCUCUUCUCAUUGGCGCUUUCUUCAUGUCCACCAUAUGGAUGACACUUCUGGGAAGCAUAGUUUUGGUUCAGAGAAUGGGAUACAGGCUGCCGAGCUGGUUACCUGUCAGCUCCAUGUUGCUCAUAGUGGCUAUGAACGCGGGCGGGUUGGCCCCACUACCUUACGUUAUACUGACGGAGAUGUUUAGUUUUCAGGUUCGAGCUAAAGUCGUGGGCGCUGUUGUAACAUACGCUUGGUUCCAAUCUUUCGUUUCACUUGCGAUCUACACGCCGAUAGCUAAUAACUUUGGACAAUACACUGCGUUUUUCUUCUUCGGUGCUAUAAACUUGGCUGGUGGUACGUUUGUCCACUUUUUCCUCCCGGAGACAAAAGGCAAGAGUGAUGAAGAAAUCCGUGCAAUACUAGCUGGUAGACCUCAAAAACAAAUUGAUGUUCUUCUAUGAAUAAAUUAUAGCAUUUUU